AUUUUGAUGCUUUUAGCAUAUAUCCUGUUCUAUUUUCAAAACGCUUGUUGCGAAGAACCUAAAGCAGUUGACAAACAUGAGAAAGGCGGUCGUAAAAUCCUGGUAUUUGGAGGGAAUGGAUUCAUUGGAAGUGAAGCUGUACGAAGACUUUUAGACAAAGGGGAUGAGGUCACCAUUGUGAAUCGAGGAAAUUGGUACUUCGAUUCUGACCAGCGAAUCAAACCAUUUGUGAAAGCGCAUUUUAUUUGUGAUAGAGACAUGCGAAUGAGAACCGAAUGCAAGGAGAUUUUAACUUCCGGUUACUAUGAUGCUGUUAUUGAUUUUAGUUCGUACAACGCAAGACAGAUAAAACACGUGGUCGAAAUACUGCAUGAUCGUGUCGGUCUUUACGUGUACAUCAGCACAGAUUCUAUCUACGAAGUCUGCGAUAAAACGCACUCUGGGCCCAGUGUAGAAGAAGACGCGGUACGACCCAAGAACAGGAAAAAGCGCUUGCAACUUAAGCGAGAAGAAGGUUAUGCGCAUGAUAAAUUGGCUUGCGAGGAAGUCCUAGAAGAACAGAGCAAGUCCGGCGGAUUUCCGUAUGUGACUUUGCGACUCCCGGAUGUUAUCGGACCACGAGAUAAUUCCUUCCGGUUUUGGACCUAUCAGUUGUGGAUACGCAUCCAUAAGGACAUCAAACACCCAGUACAUAUGCCCAGCGGUGUGUCCGACACAAAAUUCAGCCUUUUACAUGUGGAAGACGCCGCCAAAGUGAUCGAGAAAGUGUUGGAUGUUGGUCCCGCCGUGCACAAUCAAGCCAUCAAUGUGGCGUUCAAUGAGCACUUCACAUUGAAAAAACUCCUCCGUGACAUGGCAGAUAAAAUGAACAUUGACCAGCUCGAAUUCAUCUCCCAAGACGAAGAAACCUGGUAUUCUUACCCAACUGUCACUAAAGGUCCUCUAGAUAUCAGUAAGGCUAAGCUCCUACUCGGCUGGGAGCCUAUGACCUGGGAAAGGGCUUUGUAUUCUCUCAUCUUUUUCUUCGAGGGUGCAAUGACAGAUGCCAAGUUUCUCAAGGAAAGAGAAGUGCUUUUAGCAGACGUCUUUGAAAAUAUUAUCCCAGAGGAACUUUACGAAACUGCCCUGAAGAAACUGGUUUCAAUGUAUGGCAAGGACGUUUUAGAAGGGAUAGCGAUGGAUAUGGGCUUCGAUGGAACCCCUGAAAUAGAAGGCGAGAUAAAUGUUCAGGAUUCAAGCUCUGCGCAUGAUCAGAAAUCAGCGGAAACGGAAACGAGGGCUCAUUCAUCGGCUGACAACGAGGAAGUUGAGGAGAUUGUUGCUGAUGUAGACUCUGAUAAGGAGGCUAAACAAUUGUCAGAAAGCAGCCAAACUGCAGAAAUUCAUUCCGACGAACUAUAGUUAGUCUAGUGUAACGCUCUAAUAUUUUCCUGUGAAAUAUCAAGGAGCUGUAUUCAUUUUAAACCGAAACUGACUAUUUCGGAAACAGAAUAAAACUG